GGCCUGCGAGGAUGGCCAGUGUUGAUGCUGGAAUAAACAUGGCGUCGUGCAGGAGCAGGAGAGGCGGUGGCGGUUCCUGCUUGGUUCCUUCGCCUAAGGCGGCGCUGAUCCUGCUGGCGGCUCUGCUCCUGGGGGACCCCGCGCGGGCCCGAGUUCACCACCUCACUCUCAAAGAAGACGUACGUCAGAAAGUCCAUCUGAACACCUUCGGCUUCUUCAAAGAUGGCUUCAUGAUGGUCAACGUGCACAACCUCUCAGUAAAACCAGUCGGAGUGAAAGACUUCCUGGUGGGAUUCAGUUUAGACCGAACACGGAAUGAUGGAUUCUCCACUUAUCUGGAUGAAGAAAUGGAAUAUUGCAUUUUGAAUAAAACGCCAGACCAUGACAUCUCAGUCACCCGUCUGAUACUGGACUUCACAAAGAAGAUUGUGCAAGUCAAGCCCAAAUCCAAUAUUCCCCAGUUGCCAGAAAUUGUAUUUGAUGACACUGAUGGAAGUGUGAAUGUGGGAAGCAAGCAGAAUUCAGAUCCUAAGCAACCACAAUCCAAGCAAAAUGUGACAGAACCCCAGUUGCCGCCAGAGAAGACACAUCCCAUCCAAAGCAAAGAUGGUUACUAUUCAUUCCAGUUCUCCUUCAACAUCAGCUCAGAAAACCAAGAAGGCCUCUACAGUCUGUAUUUUCACAAAUGUGUCCCGAAGAAUGAGCAGCUCCUCUUCAGUCUUGAUAUUGAGAUUAUGGAAAAGAAUCCAAGCAGCUACCUCUCAGCAGGAGAGAUCCCUCUCCCUAAGCUCUACAUCUCCAUGGCCCUCUUCUUCUUCAUUUUCGGAGCCGUGUGGAUCCACACUCUUCGGAAACGCAGGGCUGAUGUGUUCAAGAUCCACUGGCUGAUGGCUGCUCUUCCUUUCACCAAGUCCCUCUCAUUAGUCUUCCAUGCAAUUGACUACCACUACAUCUCCUCUCAAGGUUUUCCCAUUGAAGGCUGGGCUGUCGUCUACUACAUCACUCACCUGUUGAAGGGGGCUCUGCUCUUCAUCACCAUUGCUCUCAUUGGCACAGGCUGGGCAUUCAUCAAGCACAUCCUUUCUGACAAGGACAAGAAGAUCUUCAUGAUUGUCAUUCCACUCCAGGUCCUGGCCAAUGUAGCUUACAUAAUCAUCGAGUCAACAGAAGAAGGCACGACGGAGUAUGGCCUCUGGAAAGAGAUCCUUUUCCUGGUCGACUUGCUCUGCUGCGGGGCCAUCCUCUUCCCAGUUGUAUGGUCAAUAAGACAUUUGCAGGAGGCUUCUGCAACAGAUGGGAAGGCUGCUAUUAACCUAGCAAAGCUGAAGCUGUUCCGGCACUACUACGUCAUGAUCGUGUGUUACAUUUACUUCACGCGGAUCAUUGCUAUUCUCAUCAAGAUCGCCGUUCCAUUCCAGUGGAAGUGGCUGUACCAGCUGCUGGAUGAAAUGGCCACCUUGGUGUUCUUUGUCCUCACCGGUUACAAGUUCCGGCCUGCCUCUGACAAUCCCUACUUGCAGCUCUCUCAGGACGAUGAUGAUGUCUUGGACAUGGAAGCUGUGGUGACAACUUCAGGGGUCAUGGAAGGUAUGAAGAAAGUCAAGAAGGUCAUCAAUGGCUCGUCGUCGGAGCCCCAAGGCGAGAGGGAGAGUGCUGCAUGACGGAGUCAAUACUUUCACCCCCCCUUUUCUUCUUCUCUCCCUUCUGCGCCCCCACCCCUCCCCCCCAAAUUAGGACAAGGCAGCACUUUCAGAUAAACUUUAAUUUAUUGAUUUUCUGCUUCCCUCAACAGAAGGGGAGUUGAGCUUCCUGAUAUGGGAACUGGAGAACAUAGGGCAGUGGGAAAUGGCGGCCAGGGGUGGGUGGGGGCAAAAUCCUGUGCAAAAUUGAGAGAGAAUCACAAUCCUGCGUAUUCAUUUGUCCUGAGGAUUUGUGGCUCUUCUGGAGCCUUGCAAAGAAGCUCUCCUGUUUUAUGGUGAUGGCAGAUUUGUAUUUGUUUUAAUUUUUUUAACCUUUUAACAUUUUUGCUAAAGUUUUUAACACUUCCCCUGCUUUCUUUCGGAAACUUGACUCUGUGGGAAAGAAAAUUGAACCAUCGGUUCUAUUUGGCUCCUUGGGACACAACUUCCAAAUGUGAAAAAACCUGGUGAAAGUUGUAUAUGUAAAAGUAUAUAUGUAUAUCUAUAUUUUAUAUGAUGCCUUCUGACAUGCACCCCUCCCUGCAAUGUGUAACCUUUUGUGUGUGCUGGGGAGAUUUGACAAAAUGGUUUGAAAAGUGUUGGGUGUGGCGCAGGGGAGAUCUUUUGGGGUUUACUUGUAAAUGUUGUGCUGAUUUUAGGCAUCUUUUUCUCUCCCCCUUUUUCAUUUGAAUGGGGAGCAAAGAGGAAUUCUGCCUCCAGAUAGGAAUAGAAAUGUUUUCUUUUUUUUCUCUUCCUUUUUUGAGACCAAGGUUUCCUUACUACCCUCUUUAAUGGUGUGGACCAAAAAGCUGGGUCCCAUUUUGACUCUAUGCAUUUCCCUCAAGGGGUUCCAAAUGUGUGCAAUGGAGUGGGGGGAUAUUCACUGAAUUAUUAUUAUUAUUAUUUCUUCUCCCCCUUUGCUGAAAAGUGAUGAGGUCAGGCUUCAAAUCCCCGCCCCAAAUAAAUUCCACAUAUAAUGAGUUAUCCACAAACAGCUGCUCCUAGGGGUUUCUUGGCUAAAGGAUUGGUGAAGCUGAGCUCUCCAAAUUCUUGGGAAUACUCCCAAGAAAGGAACCCCUGCUGCUUCCUUUCAUAUGUGAAAUGGGUGAUCUGCAAGCAGUACAAGACAUCUCUCUUUGCAUUGAGAAAACAGCCCAAGCAGGUCUCUGACCCCACAACGGAAAUUCUGUCUUCACUCUGUGAAGAGAACACCAGCUUUUUCUUUUUUUUGCUUAUGCAUUGUGAUCUAAAAAUCCCUUCUCCCUCCUCUCCCAAUGCCCCCUUCCCCACCUGGCUAGCUUGGGGAUAAUGCGUGGGAAUUGCGUUGCCCUUGGGCAGAGCAAAUGUGAGCUGGCAAAGCAAGUAAGAUAGCAGGUGAGCAGAGAGAGAGUUUGUUCACCUGGCAGCUGGAGGGACCCCUGGGGUCUCCAGUCAGGAAGAUAUGUUUGUACAAACAUGAAGAUAUGCUACAAAGAGAAGCUGGAUCCUACCAUUUAGAUGUGCUGGCGGGAUCAGCGAGUGACCUGCUGUGGAAUCAGGAGCUAUGUGGUCCUAUGAGCCUUUCUUCUUGUUCACUGUGAGUGAGGUUUCUUCAAGCAGCAGCUGGUAGGUCCAGAAGCAUCAAUACGUGUCUUCUGUGAUCAUCCAGAGGUGUGCUCUCUCCCAAAGUUUGCAUGAAGGACACACAAAGCUAUCUCAAAGAGAUCCAUGGUAUCUUCUUCCACAAGAACAGCCCUAUCAGCCUCAAGAAGCCAUUGGUGUUGAACUCCGCCCCUCAGAUAUUUGGUGGGACCACCGGCCAGGAUUAUAGCAUCUUGAGCUCUGGUAUGGCUUGCCUACUAAGGGUUUAUUCAGCAGCCAUCAACCUUGCUUCGGGCAACCAGAAUCUCCCAACUUCAGUCAGCCCAUUAGAAGUUUUGUUGACCGACAAAUGGCAACAUCGGUAGUUUGGGUUGAAGUUUAGGAAGAGGUUGUUUGUUGACAUUACAAUCUCCACAUAUCCUACUCCUUUCCUUGUCCUCCACUCACCCAUCCUUCCUGCAGAACGAAGGAACUGGACAAAAAGCACCCCCCAAAAAACAUGCUUCUCAGUAGAUUGCAACAUAGCACUAAUGCAAAUGUUCCACCAGAGAAGGACUUUUCCUUGUUCAUUGGAACAUCCUCCCCGCCCCCCGCCGCCACAGUAUACACCCCUAAAUCUGUUACAGAGAUUCCCCUGACCCUCUGGAGCCAAUCUGGGGGCAGUGCACAGCUUUUACAGGAGGAGGCAGGGGAAAGUCCCACUGUACAAGUAGAAAUCAUUCUGCUAACACAAUUACUUAGUUGGAUGUUCUGGUUUGAAGCUUUAUAAGGCUUUGGGUCCAGCUGACCUGUAAACGGAGGAGAGAUUGCAAAAACGAGCUUUCCAUUGGGCUGAGAGUGGGAAGUGUUUCUUGGACUGCUGCGGAAUAGGAGCUGGCAUGUACAAGUACAGGGGGCUCAAUCAGUCACUUCCACUCGUCGAAACCUGGUGCUUUUAAAUGUCUGCUUUUAAUCAUACUAUUGAUGUUUUUAAAAAAUAAAAAAAAUGGGCAGGUUUUUUUGCAGUGGGGGGGGGAGGGAGUGGAUGAGGUGCCCCCCCC